CUGAUCGCGACUCGGAACGCACGCGCGCGUUACAAAGAUACCGCGCGACUUCUCCGUUGAAGAUCGGAACGCCAUGCGAUAAUUCCUUUUUCCCCCACGUGAGCAAACACAGUCACAGUGAGUGUCAUUAUUACUUGUUUUUGUGAAACAUUAAUACUAGAACCAAGUGAGCUAUGAAAUUGAAUGUGCUGGCUCUGGUGGCCCUCGUGACGGUCGGCUUGGCAACGGCCCAGCGUAGUGAAGUGUAUGAUGAUUUGGGAAAGGACUCGGCGAGAGCUAGUAACAAUGACCAGUUGCACGCACCGGAAGAGCGGAAGAUCCUGACGACGCGGGAGUUGUCCACAGAACGGGCGCGGAAAGCUGAUGAUGAUAGGUUGAGACGGAAGCCAAGUGUUCCGGGGGAUAGUGUUCUUGGGGUGUUUGGUGGUAUGGAUAGGGAGUUUUUGAUAAAGCUAAGGGAAGUGAUGGACGAGUUGGAUGGAGUGGACUGCAGGAGAGAUUUGAAUUUUACGUUGGAGGCGAUUGAGAGGAAAGAAGCGUGGGCUGUUGCUAUUCUUGACUCAUCGGCCAAGUCCACGGCGGGAAUCGAGUAUGGACAGCUAUACCAAUUGGGUCACUUCGAUCAGUGUAUGAGUAUCAACCGGGAUCGAGCCUCCAGCCAGGCGGGAAUCCUCUCGCAGUACUGCUUGGCCAAUGUCCGCCUCGAUAGUUACUUUAUGCGAACCCUAGUGUCCCGAGUUCCGAAGUCAAACGAAACAGCUCUCAUUCACUGGGGCAUAUGCACCCCGGCAAGCUGUUCCGAAGUGGAUGUCGUUCGAUUGCUGCAAUCGAUCAGUGGAUCGCGGGACGUUAAAAUAUCAGGAGAUGGGUGCCAUCGGGAAACGAUCACUGUGUCAUCCUCGCUGGACAUUGUUUACGUAUCGGUGAUUCUGUUUUUCGUACUGAUGGUGGUGCUGAGCACGCUGUACCACGUGCGAUCCAUCUAUAGGCCUAGGAGCGAGAAGAAGACCACGCUGGUUUACGUGCUAAGGUCGUUUUCGAUUCUGGAGAACCUCAAAAAGCUUGCCCAGGACAGUAAGGACGAUCACGGAUUGGGAUGCAUCAACGGAAUUAAGGCGGUGGCCAUGUUCUUCAUCCUUGGUGGACACGCCUUACUCUUCUUGUUUGGAGGAGCGGGGUACAAUCCAGGAUUUUAUUACGAGCAAUCCACGUACGUGCGGAACGCCUUCCUUAUAAACUCGCCGCUUCUGGUGGACUCCUUUCUUCUGUUGAGUGGAUUCCUAUUCGCGCGCCUUCUACUAAUCGAGCUGGACAAACGCCACGGCAAGGUCAACUUUGGCCUGCUGUACAUCUUCCGCUACAUGCGGUUGACUCCGGCGUAUGGCGCCAUCAUUGCCCUGUACGCCACGUGGCUUCCGCGGCUGGGCAGCGGUCCCCUAUGGGAUCAACAAAUGCAGCUGGAACAGGCCCGCUGUCGAGAGAGCUGGUGGCGAAACGCACUCUACAUCAACAACUACCUCGGAACGGAUCGGAUCUGUAUGUUCCAGUCUUGGUACCUGGCGGCAGAUUCACAACUGUUCGUCCUGGCACCACUGCUGCUGUAUCCUUUGUGGCGGUACGGUAGACGAGUGGGCGCGGCUCUGCUCGCGACGGUGGCGUUUAUUUCCAUAGCUAUUCCAUUCUUUGUGACCUACUACGGAAAGCUGGAUCCAUCGCUGAUGAUCUUUGUGGACGAAGUGACCGACUUGACCUCCAACUGGUAUUUCGCAAACGUCUACGUAAAGACGCAUAUGCGAGCGACGGGCUACAUCUUCGGACUGGCUGUGGGCUAUCUGGUGCACAUUAUGCAACAGCAAAACAUAACGAUCGGCAAGCGUAAAUUGUUCUUCUGCUGGGUGGCUUCAACGGUAAUCGGAACGGUAUCGAUGUUCGGCAUUUCCAUGUUCUACCAAUCGACCGGAACGGAUAACUACCUGUACAAUGCCCUCUACGCGGCACUGCAUCGGCUGGGCUGGAGCAUGUCCAAUGGAUGGCUAGUGCUAGCUUGUGUCACCGGUCACGCUGGACCGCUGAAGAAGUUCCUCUCUUCACGAGUACUGGUCCCGAUCAGCCGGUUAACCUACUGCGCCUACCUGACGAACGGGUUGGUGGAACUGUACUUUACUGCCUCCCAGAGGGUCCCUCUGUACGGGGAUGUGGUCGGCCUGACGACGGUAACCCUUUCGCACGUGGUUCUCACCUUCCUGGCGGCCCUGGUGCUGUGUUUGGUGUUUGAAUCGCCCAUUCAUGGGAUCGAGAAGAUCGUCCUGCGGCGGGCACGUCCGGUCAGUGGUCGGGCCACGAACAAUCACCACUACAGCCCAGAAUCAGAUGGUAACGGUUCUGUCGCCAACAACAGCAUCGGAACGGCUUCUACCCAAAGCACAUCGGACGAUUCGGGUGCGUGAUACGAGCUGCAUUGGUGAACAAUAUUAAUAGGUUAAGUGAAAUGGCUUCUGAGAUAGCUAGCGAAAGUGAUUUUUUUUUCCUAUCAUUUAAGUAUUAUGUGACUAGUUUUUAGAAGGGAGGUGAUAUGAUAAAGUUAAGAAUUUAGUGGUUGCAGUUGACCCACUGUUUUGUUUUUUUUUUCUUCUUUAGAAUAGAGUUCGUUUCUUGUACUAGCGUACAACUUUCCAUGGAACUUUAACCAAUUUUCCAUAUCAAUAAAAAACCAAUCACCUGCUUAUUUUUAAUCAAA